AUGGGUGUUCAAGGUCUCUGGGAGGCAUUCUCUGCCCAGAUCUUGGAGCCUGCAGGGCAGUCUCGCUCUUUAACUAAAAUCGCGGUGGUCGACGGCUUCGAAGGGAACGAGUCCGGAAGACGCGGUUAUCGAAUUGGAAUAGAUGCAAGUAUUUGGUAUCAGCAUGGAGAACACUCAACUAAGGCUGGAGCCAACCCUGAGCUCCGGCUUUUAUUCUUCCGUCUCGCACGACUUGCGAAACUCCCGUGGCUGGUAUUGUUCGUCUUCGACGGUCGCGAGCGGCCUACGCUAAAGCGCGGAAGCAGAGUGGGAAAGUCAGGCACGCACAAUUUAACUCAAGAAUUUAAGGCGAUGAUAGAAUGUUUUGGUAUGGAGUGGAGAAUGGCACGUGGAGAAGCCGAGGCCGAACUUGCAUACUUGAAUGCUCAGGGCAUCAUUGACGCAAUCAUCACCGAUGAUGUAGACACCCUGGUGUUUGGCGCGAGGACCGUUAUCCGGAACUCGAGUAUCACAUUGGCAGGAAAUCGGAACAACCCCGCAACGGACGCUUUGGGACAGAAGAGUGACCAACACACCAUGGUUUUCACUUCGGAUAGGAUUGGCAGUCACCCCAACAUCGGCCUUACGAGAGGCGGCAUGGUUCUCAUCGCCUUACUAUCUGGAGGCGAUUAUGACAACGGUGUCAAAGGCCUGGGUCCCAAGAUUGCUCAUGGACUUGCGCGGUGUGGGUUCGGUGAUCGCUUGUUGACCGCAUACAGAACGGGCGAGGCGCAUUUCCGGGCAUAUCUUCCCCGGUGGCGUGAUGAGCUCAACACCGAACUGCGUACAAACGCCAGCGGAAUGCUACCUCAUUGCUGCUCCUCGGCGGCCGUUUCUCCAAAUUGGCCUGAUAUGAUCACUCUGACGGCGUAUUUCAAUCCCGUAUGCAGCGCUCUCAACGGUCAAGGGACUUCGAGCCUGGCACUGCAGGAUAGAGACGAUCUGAGCUUGCCGCGCCUCGCGAAGUUCUGUGAGGAUCACUUUGACGAGUGGGGCCAUCGCUCACGGAUCCUCGAACGAUUCCACAAUUUCAUGUAUGAAGGCGCCGUCUUUCACGUACUUCGUCGUGCCGCUCUGGAAGCCGACGAGAAGGAAAAGACUAAGAGGCUUCGAGAGGGCAAACCUGGUCACAUCCGCGAACCGCUUCGUGCUACCGUAUUGGAUGCGAUAGGAACUCCCGCGUCUCUCGUACAUCAAUACCUGGAUCCAGCCAAGAGAGACCUUCGCGAAGAGCGCCUCGCCGAAAUUUUCGUUAAUCGUGGCACACAGCGCGCCUCGACCCCUGUCCUCAACAUUCCGGACACACACCCGCUCAUUGAGAGCAUUGUGGGACAGCGCACGCAUCUCUCGACCGACAGUAUCCUCGAGUAUCGCGUCGUCAUUCGCUGCAAGCAACUCGACGACCUCGCGAACAAGGGCAUCACCGGCAAGCAUCCCGAGCCUGCGGCCGUAACAAAAUCACAGAACCUGCCAGAUGAAGACGGGGUAUACGGCACUGGCGGGGCAAAGAAGACUAAAAAGCCGGUCGACAGGUCGACCAAGCGAAUAUGGGUGGCAGCCUCGAUCAUGCGGCAGGUGCAUCCUGGGCUCGUCACGCGUUUCCAGACAGCGGGUCCUCCGAGGACGAUACGACGCAAGAGACAGACUGCGGCCACUGAGGAGGACGAGGACGAGGACGAUAGUGACAGUGCGCCAGAAUUUGCUGAUGAGCCUAGCUCUCCGGUGAAAUCCCAACCUACGCCUAUCCGCGCCGCACGCCAGGCUGCUAGUGCUCCGGCGGACGCAUACAAAGCGCCACCCGUCGCUCCAAUGGUCAAAAUGUCACAGCCUCCGCGUCGACCUCAUCUUCUGCAUAACGUUGGAGACAUCAACUUCGAAAGGUCGACAAACCGGAACACCUCCCUUUUCACUUUCUCGGAUCCUUGCGACCCGGACAUGAUGAUUUCGGACGAGGAGGACCCUCCUAUCCCAGAAUUUGUCGUGGGUUCAUCAUCCCAACCAGCACAGUCUCAUGCCCGCACCUUGCCUUCUAGAGACAUCCCCUCCGACAAUGACGAGCCUUUUCCGACUCUGUUCACUUCUCGACAGGAAGCUAUCAUCGAUAAGGCGCUAGGUAUCACGAGCGGCGGAGGUUAUGGACGAACGGGUACCCGGAAGAGCCCACAACCACGCAAACGGGUUACUGGCGGCGCUUCAACUCGUGCAGCUCGUGCGGACGCGUCGAACAUCAAUAAUCCCGCGCCACCACGCGCCGCAGCCUCCCAGCCACCGCGGAUCUCUGCCCGGCCACAGCCGACAUCUAGUGAAACUCGUCGAGAUGAACCAAUGCCCUCGAUGUUCUCUGCGACACAGGAAGCAAUCAUUGACAGAGCACUCGGCAUUCCCAGUGGCGGCUCAGGCUCUGCAACCACCACGAAGGCCAAGUCGAAGAGGAGUGUAGCGCCCGCGAGAAGGGCUGGUAGCGAGCCAAUGUCUGCAGUCCUUCUCGGUGCCGGUCAUGACCCGGCCGGUGGAAAUUCGAUGCGGGCCAAGGCUACGUCAACCAGGAAACGUGCCCAAGCCCCUGCGAUACAGCCGACCGAAGGGACCCAACAGGCCAAGCGGCGCCGUAUGGCAGCAACUCUCAGCCCCGAGGCGACCGAUGCACCCCUUCCACUACCCUCAGCAAGUGCACCCGCGCAAUCUACACCAACCAGGCGACAUAUUGCUCCCUUCCCGGAUUUGUCACCACUUAACGACCCCAACAACAGGUCGUAUUCUGACCGGACUCCUCCACCGUCUCGAGCUCGCCCGAUCCCCACCGGCGGAAGUAUCAUCGACCUUUGCAACGACGCCCUGAAACCGCCGCGCGGGCGACCGAUCCCCACCGGCGGAAGUAUCAUCGACAUUUCCGAUGACGAGCCUCCGGCCGCGACUUCAUCCAAGCGGGCGCCUGUUGCUAGUCGCGUGGGCGGCUGGGGAACUCAAAUGCCGUCCUCGUCGCAGGACAGUCGACUUACGGACCCUCUGGAGUUUCGCUUCGACUUUGAUUUAACUUAAUGUACCAAGCUUCUAUCGCGAUAACUAUUACUUCUUGUAUAUUUCAUCGACUCUGGUAGCAAGCUGUUAGUCAUCUACGAUACUAUAGCAUGACUAGUCUUGUAGUAGAACCCAAUAAUCAGCACAUCCGGAUUUGGCC